GGAAAUUCGAAAGAGGAGGCAAAUCUCUACUUGCCAACUUUUAGAAUUCCCCCACACAAAGUUAAGAAGUUGGUUUCUCAAAUUCGCUUUUGAUAACCCUGAUGAGCUAUGUGAUUUUACUCCCAGUUUCUACGCUUCAUCUUCUUCCUAACCAUCAUAUUUGAAGUUUUUUCCGCAGAGACCUUAAUAUUUUCUACACUAUGGUGACUAUUUGUCAGACCUGUGGUGACAGAGGCUACUCUGUGGCUCUUAUUUACUGCCGGCAUUGUCAGGUGUAUGCAGUGCACCGCUAUUGCUUAGAUGUAUUACCAGUAACUUUUGAGGAAUCUAUAACCUGGUUUUGCGAGGAUUGUGAGCUAAAGAUUGUGAAACCAUCUAGUCUUGACAAUCUUGGCCCUUCCAAAAAGAUGACCAAGAAGAAGAGACGUCUCAGAAGAUUGUCAGAGGCUUGCAAACCAGAAAAUAAUGCCACUACUGAACUCCUUGAGGUGGCUUGUGAAGAGUGUUGUGACAAAGAUCAGGGGCUUGGAAGAAAGGGGCUUCCAGAUAUGGUGAGCUCUGAUGAGAGAGCUGAAACUGUUAAACGUAUGGCCAUCUCGAAUGAGGAGCUUGAAGCUGAUAGGGAUAAACCCAGUGUGGAAAUCACCAAUGGAAAUUUGAGUAUCUCACAAUGCAGCUAUUAUGUUCCUGCACAGCCCAUCAUUGAACCAAUCUGGAGUUUGUCUGUUGGCAGGGGAUCUUUCAAUCUGUUCCACAAGAAUUUUGACACUGUUGGUGGGCUUUUCGGACAUUUGUCCAGCUUAGCAUGUCCAAAAGCAUGCGAGGCAGCAAAGUUGUUACCUGAAGUUCUUUAUCCUGUGUUGCUUCCAAAAUCUAAUGUAUGGCCUAAGAGUUUUCAGAAAAAGGGACCAAGUGACGAGAGUAUUGCUCUAUAUUUCUUUCCAAACAACGAAAGGGAAGAAAGGGUUUUCAAGAAUCUAGUAGAUGAAAUGAUAAACAACGAUCUUGCCAUGAGAGCUGUGUUUGAAAAUGUGGAACUCUUGAUAUUCACUUCUCUUGUACUGCCAAUGAAACUUUGGAGUUUCCGAGGGAAGUGUUACUUGUGGGGUGUGUUUAGGGGAAAGCAAGCUUUACAGACAGAAGUUCGUCAAGAGAAGCAUAACUCAUUGGUUUCAAAAUUGGAUCCUAGACGCAGGAUUAGUCCAUCGAGCAACUGUGGUGCACAUGGUUCUGAUGAGAACUAUUCCUCAUUUUGUGCAUCAGUAAGGUGAUCAUAUAUUAGAACAAUAUAAGCAGGAAAACGACUUUCCUUUUGGGCUAACAAAUGAUGCCUAAGGUUACAUUACUGCAUAACAUAAAUGUAACUAUGGUCCUUUAACAUAUCUAGAUUAUGAAUAUGUUUAAUGGUUCGUUGGGGAAUAAGAACCGAAAAA